UCCUCCUUCAUGCAGCGCUAAGCCCAGAGCAGGACAGUAUUUAAAAGUUUUGGGAAUAUUUUACUGUUUAUCAUCCUCUGGUUUUGGGGUCAGCGUGUCUCGCGGCUGUAGCGGACCGGGUCUGUGUGCAGUUUGGGAAGUUUUGUACCCGCUCGGAGAGGAAAGGCUGGGAUUUCUGCUGGUUACCGCGCCGCUGCUGCUUCUGCUGCUGUGCUGAAAGUUCAGCGAAGUUCUGCUGUACUCUGAGUGUACGGAUAUAGAGUGUUCACAGAGAGUUAACAGAGAGAGAGAGAGAGUGCAGAGAGAAACUGUGGGGUAAGAGCACAGUCCUGUGUGUGGGAGUGUGUGUUGGUGUGGCAGCGUGUGAGGAGGAAGACUAUCACUGCUUAAACAGAGAGCUGGUGUCCAGUAGGCCCGGGUGAUGGCACUCAGGCAUCCUGUAGCCGUCCUGCUCCUCGCCCUUUACAGUGUGGCCUCUGCAGGUCCACUGUCUCGUAGCCCGUGUGAGCUGUUGCCGGUGGGUGCGGGUCACCCGGUCCAGGCUCUGCUGAAGAGCUACACGGCUCAGUCCGGCUGUGCCAGCCGAGGAUCCGCCAGCCUCCCUCAGGAGAUCCAUAUAAUUAACCUGCGCAGCGGCGCUGAGGGAACCGGAGACAAGCCGGCAGAGGUGGCGCUGCACUUGAGGCCGAUCCAGUCCCUGUCCGUCCACCGGAAGCCGUUGGUGUUUCUGCUGAGCUCGCCGCAGCCGGUAGUGUGGAAGCUUCAUACAGAGAAACUCGUCCCUGGAGUCAAGAGAAUCUUCCAUGUGUCGAAGGGCUCUGAUGUGGAGUUUGAGGGGAAUUUCUCUCAGUCCUGUGAGGUGAGGGAGGAGGCUCUUCCUCACGGGAACGAUCACCUGCUGUCCUGGGCUCAGAGCCACUACCAAGCCGUCACCUCCUUCAGCGAACUGAAGAUGUCCCACAACGUCUUCAUCAAAGUCGGAGAGGACACUGUGUUCUCCGACUCCUGCAAGAUCGACAACAAGUUCCUGUCUCUGAACUACCUGGCCAGUUAUGAGGAGCCCCAGUCAUCCACAGGCUGCGUCCUGUCCGGCCCCGACCCCCGGCAGGAGGUUCACAUCAUCGAACUGCAGACCCCCAACUCCAGCAGCAGUGCGUUCCAGGUGGACGUGACGGUGGAUUUGAGGCCCUCAGAGGAUGACAUGCCUCUGCAUCGUGACGUGACGUUGCUGCUCAGAUGUGAGAAGUCGGUGAACUGGGUGAUUGAUGUCCACAGCGUCCUAGGAAAACUGCACAUAGUGACGUCUGACAGCGUUAGCCUGACUGCGAGCACAGAGAGGCUAAUGCAGGUGUCUAAAGCUGUGAGGCAGAAGCUUCCUGCAGGAGCCCAGGCUCUGAUCCAGUGGGCGGAGGACAACGACUACAGUCCCAUAACCUCCUACACCAACACCGCCGUGGCUAACGUCUUCAACCUGCGUCUUAAAGACGUUGAAGAAGUGGAUACUCUGGACUCCUUGUUUCCCCCUGAGCUCUCCAUCCUCCAGACCAUCAACCCGCUCCCCCGGCCCAGCGCCCGAGACGCUCCCGCCCGGUCCAGCCUCCCCUUCCAUUUCCCCCCGCCCCCAGAACACAGCCUGCCCUUCCUGUACCUGCCGCCCUCCGUGGAGGAUCCGCGGGGUCCGGAGGAGCAUCGGGGGGCGCUGAGCGUGGGCAUGAACGUGCGCUGUGAGGAGAGCAGGAUGGUAAUCAGCAUUGAGAAAGAGAGCCUGCAGGCAAAUGGCAUCAAUAAAGCCAACAUAACUCUCCAAGACCCACGAUGCAAAGCGACUUCAAACUCCACCCACUACACACUCGAGACUCCUCUUACUGGCUGUCAAACCACCAAGUAUCCUUCCCAUUCAAGCCCAGUCAUCCUCUACAUUAAUACAAUUGUGAUCAGCCAAUCAGAGGUCAGGGAUGGCAGUGGGUGGCCCUUGGAUGAUGAAGACCUUGAGGCUGGAGAUGUGGUUUCCCCCGGAGAUCCAGACAUGCCAGAAAAAACUAUACUGGAGACCGGACGCCGCUCAACCAUCUUGUUUAACUGUACGUACCGUAAGGGUCAGGAUGCUGCGGUGGAUUCUCUGAGGCCGGGGUUUGGUGUGUUGCCAAAGGAGCCGGAGGAUAACGUGACGGUCAGCAUGGAGCUGUUUACCACCAACCUGUUCCGCUACCCACCACCACAGUCCUUAUUCACCAUCUCAGAGAACAAGCCCAUCUAUGUGGAGAUCUCAGCCACUAAAGCAGAUCCUAAUCUGGGCUUCAUGAUCCAGACCUGCUUCAUCUCCUCCGACUCGAACCCCCUGGUGCAGUCUGAUUACGUGAUCAUUGAGAACAUCUGCCCGACUGAUGACUCGGUUCGGUACUAUCCUCAGAAGGUGGACUUCCCCGUCCCGCAUGCUCAGAUGGACAGGAAGCGCUUCAGCUUCAACUUCAGGUCAAAGUUCAACGUCUCGCUGCUCUUCCUGCACUGCGAGAUGUCCCUCUGCUCCAAGAUACCUGCCAAUCACCAGGGCCUGCCCGAGUGUAUGCUUCCUGAUGAAGCCUGUAUGGAGGUCACUAUUGACACCAUUCUCAAAAUGAUGGGGAACGCCAAAGUCUUCACCAAACCCCUGGUGGUUGUAUCAGAUAACGAUGAUGAAGAAGUUGUCACAAAAGACCCCGUUCCCACAACCCGCAAGCCUCUACUGCCUCCAGUUGAGACUCCUGGUGAUCGUGACCCAUACACGUAUGUGCUGGACACUCCUACAGUGGUGGGAAUUGCUUUUGCAGCGUUUGUCAUUGGUGCCAUGCUGACCGGAGCCCUGUGGUUCAUUUACUCACAUACAGGUGAUUCUGCAGGAAGGCAGCAGGUGCCACGCUCUCCACCUGCCUCAGAGAACAGCAGUGCCGCCCACAGCAUCGGCAGCACCCAGAGCACCCCCUGUUCCAGCAGCAGCAACGCAUAGCACCACCUCCCUUACCCCACCUUUACCUCUGACCACACCCCCUUCAGCCCUGAUCACUCCCUAUUGUCCCUUUGUCCACGGUCAUACCUCAUUUACCUGUAAACCUCUAAUAUCCUUGGUCAAACCUCCUUUCUCUCUAGCUACACCCCCAGAGCUUCUUUAGCUGUCAUGCCUCCUUGGUCAUGGUCACACCCCCUUAUUCUGCUGUUGCCACAGCUUCUUCAAAUAUGGUCAAGCUUCUUUACCUGUGGCCACACCUCCUUUACCCAAGAAUGUACUCCUUUACCUAUGGCCACGCCUUCAUUUCCUAUGAUCAGAGAUCCUUUACCUAUGGCCACGCCUCUAUCAGAGCUCCUUUACCAGUGGCCAUGGCUCGAUCACCAAUGACUGUACCUCCUUUACCUGUGGCCACACCUCCAUUUCCCAUGAUAAGAGAUCCUUUAUCAGUGGCCAUGCCUCGAUCGCCAAUGACUGUACCUCCUUUACCUGUGGCCACGCCUCCAUUUUCCAUGAUCAGAGAUCCUUUUUCCGUGGCCAUGCCUCGAUCGCCAAUGACUGAACCU